GGAGGAGAGGAAGAAAAGGAGGAGGAGGGAACGGGACCAGGGCUCAGUGCAGACAGGCAGAGGAGCACGGGACAGACACGCAGUGCCGGUGAGGGCGAUGGCGGCGCAGCUGCCCGCGUGCCUUCUGUUGGUGUUUCUGGUGGCCCUGGUGCACUCGGCAGCCCCACGGCACGUGGCUGCGUUCCACGAGCCCAGUGUUGGCAGCGGGGAUGGAGAGGAGGCCUCUGCUGUGCCCCCCGCCCAACCCGUGACGCCGGGAAGCGGCCCCACAGUGGGGGACGCGGUGGGGACAGCCAUCACCAACAGCUCGGCGCCGGGCAACGUCUUGGAUGGGUUGGUGGAUUUCUUCAAGGAGUACAUGCUGCUGGUGGUGGUGGUGGGAUCGUUGGCCUUCGUCUUGCUCUUCAUCAUCUGCGCCGCCGUCAUCGUGCGGCAGAAGCACAAGGCGUCAGCCUACUACCCAUCUUCCUUCCCCAAAAAGAAGUACGUGGACCAACGGGAUAAGACUGGAGGGCCUCGGGACUUCAACGAGGUGCCUGAGAAGGCUCCGGACCCCGACGCUGAGGAGCCCCUGGACUGUGGACGACAGCUGCAGGCUGACAUCUUGGCUGCAGCCCAGAACCUCAAAUCUCCCAAUAAAGCGCCGUUGACCAACGGGGCCGGUGCCCAGGGAGAGCACGAGGGCGGGGAGGAAGAAGGCAGCGAGCAUCCCAUUGAGCCCCAUCCCCUGAAUCAAGAUGCUGAAGGAGUGGGGUCAGAGGCAACAAAAGCAGAGGGCAAGGAGGUCCAAGAUGGCUCUCCCAGCACCUAGUGCCAACCAUGGACUAGGAGCCGGUCUCCUGGCGGCCCUGCUCACCGCCCACCCGAACGUGGAGGCUCGAAGAAGCCCCGAUGAAGCCCCACACCCCCCUUCUUUACCUCCCCCUGACCCCAUACAGCCAUGGGAGGCCAUUUUUGAGCUGCGCUUCGGGCCGUUGAGGAGCUCAGUGCAGCUAAACCCAUCGCUUGUGCUCUCUCCAUGGGUGCUUUCCUUGGAUCCCCCCCCCAAAAAUAAAGAGAGAAACCCAGGCUGGGUCUCCCCACCGUCCUCGCACAGCUUUUUUGCAGAUGUUAUUUUUGCUCAUUAUCGCAUCCUGGCCCCCACCCAGGUAACAGGGCAUGGAGGUGCCAUGACCCAUGACUUCAUGACCUUCUAUGGUGGCCUAGAGACAUUGCAGACCCCUCGGAUCAGCUGCUCCCAUCCCAUUCUUCCAACGCCCCCCCCCCCCCCCCCCCCCAGUGCUUUGUGGAGAUUGGAGGCAUUUUGGACUUGUUUUGGUGAGAAAAAGAAAGGAAAACCUUAGCCAACCUUAGCAGGAUGCAGUGACAAUGCCCCCAUCCUUUUGUUUGCAUGUCCUGAAUGUCACAGACCCGUCGGAAAGCACAGUGAACAGAGCUCAGAGAGGAGCUGGAGUUUUGCCUUAUUUUCUUAACCCCCUUUGCUAUGAAUAAAGACAUCUAUUAUGCACA